UCUCUCUCUCUCUUUCCUUCUCCUCUCUUUCUCUCUCUCCCUCCCUGGAACUUUCUGUAUAUAAAGUCUCCUGUGAGACUUGAUAGACCACGGCCACUGUUGGCCUGCUAACCUUCUGCAAUUUUAGCUCAAGAUAGUGACCUUACGGUUGCUAAUACUGGUCAAUACGUUGCGUACUGCGAGGGAGGGAGAUCUAGUUUCGUUUUAGCAGAAUGGAGGAUGAGAAAGAGGCUUUGGUGCAGAGUUUGAUUGAUAAGGUGAACCAGAUUGGUUCGAUCUCUGAUUAUAAGUGUACGGUGAAGAAGCAGUAUUGCAAUUUAGCUAGGAGAUUGAAGCUGUUGACGCCAUUGUUCGAGGAGAUUAGAGAGAGUAAGGAGCCGAUUCCUGAAGAGACUGCGAAAGCUUUAGAUUUGUUAAAACAAGCUCUGGAUUCGGCUAAUGAGUUGCUUAGAUUUGGCAGCGAAGGCAGUAAGAUUUACCUGGUCUUGGAGAGGGAGCAAAUUAUGAAUAAGUAUCAUGAGGUGACAACUAAGUUCGAACAAGCUCUAAGUGGAAUUUCCUAUGAAAACCUGGACAUAUCAGAUGAAGUUAAGGAACAGGUUGAGCUUGUCCAUGCUCAGUUCAGAAGAGCAAAAGGGAGGGUCGAUCCUCCUGAUGUUGAGCUGUUGGAAGAUCUCUUAUCCCUUUACAACAAGAGCAAAGAUGCAGCAGUAGAUCCAGCUGUCCUAAGAAGAUCAUCUGAGAAGUUGCAAUUGAAAGGGAUAGCUGACCUCACACAAGAGUCAUUAGCCUUGCAUGAAAUGGUUGCCGCCACUGGUGGUGAUACUGGUGAGAACAUUGAAAAAAUGUCGAUGCUAUUAAAGAAAAUUAAAGACUUUGUGCAAACAGAAAACCCCAACAUGGAUGCUUCUGCAAUAGAAAAAAAUCAUCAUCCAGAUGGCAGUGGACAAGCUUCCAUCAAUGGGAAUAAGAGGGCCACAGUUAUACCAGAUGACUUCCGCUGCCCAAUAUCCCUGGAAAUGAUGAAAGAUCCUGUUAUUGUUUCAACAGGGCAGACAUAUGAGCGUUCCUGCAUUGGGAAGUGGCUGGAAGCAGGACAUUGCACAUGUCCAAAGACGCAACAGUCCCUCAACAGUACUGUCAUCACACCCAAUUAUGUACUGCGCAGCCUCAUAGCCCAGUGGUGUGAAGCAAAUGGUGUUGAACCCCCAAAACUACCUAGCAGCAACAAAAUCACAUCUGCCUGCUCAUCUGCUGAGUUUGCAAAGAUUGAAAUUCUUCUUCACAGACUCAGAUCUGAUAGCCCUGAAGACCAGCGAUGUGCUGCAGGUGAGAUCCGCCUUCUUGCCAAGCGGAAUGCAGAUAAUCGUGUGGCUAUUGCUGAAGCUGGCGCAAUCCCUCUCCUUGUGGGCCUCCUCUCAACACCCGACACUCGCACCCAAGAGCAUGCUGUCACUGCACUUCUUAACCUUUCCAUAUGUGAAGAUAACAAAGGAAACAUCAUGUCAUCUGGGGCAGUUCCUGGUAUAGUGCGUGUGCUCAAGAAGGGCAGCAUGGAAGCUCGGGAAAAUGCAGCAGCUACCCUUUUCAGUCUUUCAGUUGUGGAUGAAAAUAAAGUUAUAAUAGGUUCUUCAGGGGCCAUCCCACCACUUGCGACACUUCUAAGUGAGGGUACACAAAGGGGGAAAAAAGAUGCUGCAACUGCACUUUUCAACUUGUGCAUCUAUCAGGGGAACAAGGGAAAGGCAGUGAGGGCUGGAGUUGUGCCCACACUAAUGCGUCUGCUGACAGAACCUGGAGGUGGAAUGGUGGAUGAAGCGCUUGCCAUUUUAGCGAUUCUAGCUAGCCACCUUGAAGGGAAGGCAGCCAUUGGAUCUGCAGAGGCAGUGCCAGUUUUGGUGGAAGUUAUCAGAAAUGGAUCCCCAAGGAACAGAGAGAAUGCAGCUGCAGUUUUGGUGCACCUUUGUGCUGGAGACCAUAAACAUUUGGCAGAAGCACAAGAGCUUGGAGUAAUGGGGCCUCUAGUCGAUUUGGCUCAAAAUGGCACAGACCGGGGAAAGAGGAAGGCUCAACAAUUGAUUGAGCGUAUGAGCAGGUUUGUUGAGCAGCAAAAUCAGGAUCAGGCACAAACUGAAGCUCAGACGCAACUACCCCAGCCAUCCUUCAUGUCAAAUUCUGCUGAUAGCUGACAUUUUUUGUUCACCAUUUUCAAGAUUUUUUUUUUUUGGAGAUGCAACCUUGGUUUAGAAGUGAAGGUGGAAGAUCACCUGCCCAGCUUGUAAGUUAUUCAUUUGUUAAUGUUGGACGAGGACUGCACUUAAAAGAGAUUAUCCAGAGAUCCAUCUAAGGGGAAAAAAAGAGAAAAGGAAACAGAAAUACCAUGCGACAAUGUAUGUGAAUUGUACCAUUUUAACGUGUAAUCAUCCUCAGUUUUUGCUGAAGAGAUGUGUCCCGCAUUCAAAGUGAAACCAUGUAAUUGAUCAAUGAUGGAAAUGGAGAAAUCAGAAGAACAUGAAACCA